AUGAAGAGACCUUUGCUAUCAAAAUUUUGCUUAACGAGCGUUUUUGCAGGCGUAGUAUUGUUUUCGAUGUGCUACUUUAUCCUUCAAGAAGAAAUUCGCAACAAAGCGUUUGAAGCGUCCCGAAAAGCUCGGAUGUCAAUAUCCAAGUAUUCUCACACAUUAUUACAACAUGCCUCACGAGGAGCAUGGUCACGUCGAAAUUCACCAUUGCUGGAUGCCUCACCAGAAAGUGCAUUUGAACGAUUACGGAAACGACGUCAAUCGGCGCCUGUGCUUACGCUUACCGUACCCACGGAGACUUCCCGGGAAGUGUAG